AUGAAUUUGAGAGCAGAAAGAGAAAUAGGUAGCAGUGCGUACAGCAAGUUAUUUCAAAAAUUAGACCCGACAGAUACAGCAUACCAGAAUUAUCUGAAAGUUCUUUCGAAGCAUUAUUUUACAGUAAAAAAUAUAAUUCAGGAAAUUUUAGCAUGUCGAGACUCCAUGGAAAGCUUAAACAAGCUCAACGAAAAAGGCAGGGCAGCUAUAUCUCUGCUGAGGGAUGAACUAGAGAAUUUUGAAAUUUACGGCAAGGAUAUAGGAGAUAUGAAAUAUGCAACUGAAGUGGAGUCACAAAGGCAUCAACUUGCAUGCCUGCUAAAAGAAUUCAAAGAGGCCAACAUAAUGAGUAUGUUUGCUAUUGAGAAAGCCGAAAGAGAUGAAUUGUUAAAAGCUGGCGAAAGAGAUGAUUCAGGAAUCAGAAACAGGAAGACCAAGGUGGAGAGAGAUGGACUGCUUAAAAUGUCUUCAGGUGUAACUGAACAACUGCUAUCCAUUAGCCGGCAGCUAGCGGACACGGCUCAGAGGAGCCAAGACACACUUGACAGCUUGGUCUCUUCCAGUUCUACUGUACAUGGCACUCAAUCAGAGCUACAGAACACAGCUAGCACUAUAUCAGAAUCUAGCAAACUCUUAAAGAAAUAUGGACGACGUGAAUUCACCGACAAAGUUAUCAUGUUCUUCGCAUUCCUAUUCUUUCUAGCCGUUUGCCUGUACAUUGUACAGAAAAGAUUCUAA